UUAAAAAAGCGAAAUAAGAAAGAAGUCAAAAUAAAAAUUAAACGGAAUAAGAAUUAAAGAAUAAAAAUUAAAAAGCAGAAUAACUAAAGAACAAACGGAAAAUAAGGGAAGAAACGAGAGGAAACUAUACCGAACUCUUCAAAAAUCCAGACACUCCGGGCAUUGUUCUCUCUUCUCACAGAGAAAAAGUGAUACCGGAAGUCGAAGAUAUCCAGAAACUUACGAAGUCGACCUUCGUUGAGCUUAAUUGAGAAUUUUUGUGCAUGUGUGCCUCUUUUGUGUCUGUGUGUAUAAGUGACGAUCCAAUGUUCGGAAUGGAACACGAUUGAACUGUGGCUGACAUGACCGGAAGUUUUUAGUGAGAUUCAGGUCGAGAUUAAUCGGUCUUUAUUAGUUUACAUCCGUUUCUCAAUUUUUCAUCUCUUCUUUCCCUUAUUUUUUUUUUUUUUUUUGCAAAUUUCGAGCUUCCCCACCCUUCAAUUUAUCAUCAAAUUAUUCACCUUUAAUUUUUCGGAGUGAUUCUCUAGUGGAGAAAAAAGAAAUUGAGUAGAAAAAAGAGAAGACACAAUGUCGAGAAGGGAGCUUUUAACGACAACUGCCGGAAGUCUUUUGCUUCUACUUCUUGUUCUUUGCGCAAAAGCUGACAAUUAUCAUUCCGAUGUUUCCCAAACGAGAGCAAUGAGAUAUUUGUCACAGUUUGGCUAUUUACCGCCAGUGAAUCCAACGAGUGGUGGAAUCAUUUCCGAACACACGAUGUCAAAAGCAAUUUCUGACUUUCAAUCAUUUGCUGGAUUAAACGUUACAGGAUUAUUGGACGAAGAAACUGCUGAAACCAUGACCUUACCAAGGUGUGGAGUUAAGGAUAAAGUUGGUGUUAGUUCUGAUGGCAGAUCCAAAAGAUAUGCACUUCAAGGUUCUAGAUGGCGAGUUAAAAAACUGACUUACAAAAUAAGCAAGUACCCGAGACUUUUAGACAAAGGAGCAGUCGAUAAGGAAAUUGCAAAAGCUUUUUCAGUCUGGUCGGAUUACACGGAUUUAACGUUCACUCCGAAAAAAUCAGGCCAAGUACACAUUGAGAUAAGAUUCGAACGCGGCGAACAUGGAGAUGGAGAUCCAUUCGAUGGUCCAGGUGGUACCCUGGCGCACGCCUAUUUCCCCGUUUACGGAGGUGAUGCACAUUUUGAUGAGGCAGAACACUGGUCCAUAAACAGCUACCGCGGUACAAAUCUCUUUCAAGUCGCAGCCCAUGAAUUUGGACAUUCUCUUGGCUUGAGUCACAGUGACAUCAAAUCUGCACUUAUGGCACCUUUUUACCGAGGUUACGACCCUAACUUUAUGCUAGACAGCGACGACAUCCAAGGAAUUCAAGCACUUUACGGAACAAAAUCAGACGAUAGUGGCAGUGAAACAAAUUACAAUCAUCGAACAACGUCAGCUCCUCCUGGUGAAGAGGAUCCUUUGUUGUGUUCUGAUCCCAAAGUGGAUACAAUGUUCAAUUCGGCCGAAGGUCAUACAUACGCAUUCAAAGGUCAAUACUACUGGAUGUUAACGGCCGAAGGUAUUGCUAGCGGCUACCCCAAACUCAUUAGUUCUUCCUGGAAAGGUUUACCAGGGAAUAUCGACGCUGCUUUUACGUACAAAAAUGGGAAGACUUAUUUCUUUAAGGGUUCAAAGUACUGGAGGUAUAUUGGGAAAAAAAUGGACGGCGAUUAUCCUAAGGAUAUUAGCGAGGGAUUUACGGGAAUUCCCGAUAACAUUGAUGCGGCAACUGUUUGGACUGGAAAUGGAAAAAUUUAUUUCUACAAGGGUACAAAAUUCUGGAGGUUCGAUCCAGCUCAACGACCACCUGUCAAGAGUACAUAUCCAAAAUUGAUUUCAAAUUGGGAGGGUGUGCCGGAUAAUAUGGACACAGCUCUAACAUAUCAUGGAUAUACGUAUUUCUUCAAAGGAAGCACUUACUAUCGAUUUAAUGACAGAACAUUUUCUGUGGAUACUGCUGAUCCUGCAUUUCCAAGAGCGACUGCGUAUUGGUGGUUCGGCUGCAGGGGAGCGAGCAAAGGAACGAUAGGUAAUAUUCAGUGGCAAAAUAAUGGUGUUUUGCCCUUUUUUUCUGGCAAUCUGGCAAAAUCUUCCAUGAAUUUCCCGAAUGGCGACACUUUUGGUAAUCGAGAUGAUGUUGACGACACCAUUUUAGACGCAGGAGACAGUGAUGAGCAACAUGUCACUAAUUCUAAUCAACAUUCAUCGGAUUCUGCGGCAGAAAGUAUAAUCAUCACAAGUGGAAUCAAAUGGCAUCUUAUUAUCAGUAUAUUAAUGGCGAUUGUCAAUUUUCGACAUUUAGUUUUCACAUAGUAAUUUUUUAGGAGACGAAAAAAGAAUUUCUUGUAUAAAACAAAUUUUGUGAUGAUGAAAUACGAUCAUGUUUUUGAGAAGGAAAUGAGAAAAAAAAAUUGGUGACAAUUUUUGAGAAAAUGUUCUAAGAUCAUAAGCAUUAUCAUCGACAUUCGAACAUUUCCUAUAUUCAAUUAUAGGUACACUGCCCUCGAUUAAUUCAAUCGAUGAUUAAAGUGCACUAAAAAAACAGAAAGACUGUUUCUUCAAUUGUGUACAAUUAUGUUAGAAUUUUUUUUUGUAUAAUUUAGCCGAAUAAUUAGUCUCGGAAAUUUUUUUCACAGUAUUUGCGAUUCGGAAUUUGCUGUUUUUUUCUUUUCUUUAAAGAACUUUAAAGAACUUUGUUUUUGUUUCAUUUAAAAGUUUUAAAGUUUAAACAAAAAAAUAAAAUAAAAAACAAGUGAAUUCAAAAUAAAAAAAAGUUAAUU